AUGUACCAUCCGACGUCACUCUACUAUUCAGCUACACCACCUUGCUGCACUGAAAACAACAGUUGCAUUGAUUUCGGAAUUUAUGGAAUUGAACAGAAUGACUGCUAUUUGGAUUUGAACUGUAUUGAGCCAUCGUUGGUACCUGAAGAAGAGCAAACAUAUGUCUGUGCCACUGCUGCAUGUAACAAUGUUAUUACAACAACGAGUAAUACUAACGAAACAGUAGUGACAGACACUACGAAUCAGGUGACCAGCCGGACUUCACGUCGGACGAUCAGGAAAAAGCGCCCAAAAAAGGAUCCAAAUGAACCUCAAAAGCCUGUUUCAGCAUAUGCUUUAUUUUUCCGUGAUACACAGGCUACCAUAAAAGGAAGGAGUCCAAAUGCUAGUUUUGGAGAAGUCUCGAAAAUUGUAGCAUCAAUGUGGGAUUCGUUAGAUUACCAUGCAAAGAGCCUGUACAAACAGAGGACAGAAAUGGCUAAAAAGGAUUACUUAAAAAAGCUUGCUGCUUAUCGUGCUCAGCAAAUAUCACAGAAUGAAACAGUUGGACCGGUACCGGAACCAGAAAAAGAAGAACUACCAGCAAUGGAAAUAAUGAAUUCUGCAAAUUCAUCAAGUGAAAAGCAAGAAGUAUCUACUGCAAUAGGUGAAAUGACUCUAGCAAAUUUAAUAGCUCGUCCACCCUCAACAAACUUUGCAUCGUUUUAUCUCCAUCACCGUUCACGAAAAUGGAAUCCAAAAUUUUCGUUUGAAUCAAAAAACGGAAAAGAACAUCAUUGGCAAAAUAUAAUGAGGUAUCGAAACAGUGGAUCGCGAGAGUGA